AUGAGGCCACCGCCACCGUCCAGCGACGAGAGGCCGCUGGUGCUCCUGGCGCAGCCGCUCUUCCCGGACUUCGCCGCGGCGCUCGCUGGCCGCUUCCGGUUCGCUUUGGCCGCUGACGCGGACGCGGCGGACACGGCCGAGGGGAAGGUGCUGCACGUGGGGUUAAAGCCUGUCACGGACGAGCACCUGACGGCGUUCCCGGCGCUCGAGCUCGUGGCGGGCAUCUCUGUGGGCGUCGACCACGUCGAUCUUGCCGCCUGCAGACGCCGUGGGCUCAGCUUGACUAACGCUGGUGCCGCGUUCGCCGUCGACUCGGCCGACUACGCCGUCGGGCUCCUCAUCGCCGUGCUUCGCCAGGUGGCCGCCGCCGAGGCCCUCCGCGGGAAGCGCGUCGGGAUCAUCGGCCUCGGCAGCAUCGGAUCGGGGAUCGCGAGGCGGCUCCAAGCAUUCGGAUGCGUCGUCUCGUACCACUCCCGGCGGCAGAAACACGACAUCUCCUACACCUACCACCCCACGAUCCUCGACCUCGCCGCGAGCUCCGACGUGCUCGUGGUGGCGUGCGCGCUGACCGCCGAGACGCGGCACGUGGUGGACAGGGCCGUGUUGGACGCGCUGGGGAGCGGCGGCGUGCUGGUGAACGUGGCGCGCGGGGCGAACGUCGACGAGGCGGAGCUGGUGAGGGCGCUGGCGGAGGGCAGGAUCGCCGGCGCCGGGCUGGAGGUGUUCGAGGACGAGCCCAACGUGCCGGCGGAGCUGCUGGGCAUGGACAACGUGGUGCUGACGCAUCACCAGGCCGCGUACACCCUGGAGGCCAUGGCCGACCUCGACCGCCUCGUGGUCGGCAACCUCGAGGCCUUCUUCGCCGGCGCGCCGCUGCUGACACCCGUCCUCCAGGUCUUGGACUGA